UGGAAAGUACUGUACUGUGACACUACAGGCCAAAAAUUCCUCUUCUAUUUCAAUGCCAGCUGGAUCAAGUUUGGUAGAAGGUCUAUGUGUACCUAGCACAUGCAGCCAAGAGGAUGUUCUGCAACUUGUUUCUAGUGCACUGGCACUGGUACCACAAAUAGAUGUUAUUGCACAUAAUUGCCCUCAGCCGGCACCAUUUGACUGGCGAACAGUCACAGCCAUAGUCAUCAUAGCUGUGUUCGUUAUGAUGCUGCUGGCAGGAACUGGUUAUGACAUUGCCAUACAAAUGCAGAAGUCAGGGUACCAUGCUGGUGCUAAGAUUGCGACAACCGUCCAAGAUGGCCACAAUGAGUAUAGCCCAAUGACGACUGAAAACACACACGAUCAGAACCAGAGCAUACAUAGGGAAGAAGGACAGCAGAGUAACCAAUGUAAUAGUUCAGGAUUAUGUGCCAGCAUUUUGCUCAGCUUCUCUGCACUCAGCAACAGUCGCAAACUGCUGGCAACGCACCGCAGCCAUGGUGCGCUUGAUUCUGUGCAUGGUGUGCGCUUCCUCAGCAUGUCCUGGGUCAUACUGGGACACACAUAUGUCUUCUCUGCAUCGAUAUGGA